UAUCUCGAUUUUAUAUUCUGUUUUUCCUCGACCGUUUCUCUUUCUCCUUGCGUCUCCUUUCCUCUCUGAUCAUCGAUCUUCAUCACCGAGUUAUUCUUGAACCCUUUUUGAACAGUACUACAAGUAUAGAUCAUCAUGCCCCAAGAAAAACUAAAAAACCAGUACCCUUUCGGCCUUCAAAACUAAGCGUCCGGUGACCCAUAAGUCAAAAAGAGAUCUAACCACCCUUCUCUCACGGUUUUUUUCGAACCACGUACUCCAAAGGGUUUUUAUGCUUCAAGCUUAAAACAGCCAUAUCACAUAUAUCUGUUGUGACUUGUAUCUCAAACCAUUGUUCGUUACUUUAGCAUAAAACCGAAAUGAUUGGGAGAGAGUGAGCGAGCAGUCCGUGUUUGUGUUCACCGAGAUCUUAGCAUGCGUUAUAAUCUUAGUUUUAAAGUGUAGAUGUCAAAGGCCUUCUCAAGAGUGUCGACUCUUUCCUGCCACGUUUGUUUCAAAAUCUAGUCUUUCGGGACUUUAGAGGAGAAAGGUUGAAGCCUUUUGGAAGCCCAAAUCAGUAAUCUCUGCCCCUCUGCUAUACGUACCGGGUACUAUUCCUGUGAGCUUUUUCUCAGACAGUGACAGAUAAUCUAUUUAAAGCAUUCCCCCACUUGCUCCUCAAUUGAAACCAAACCCAGUCCUUCCUACGCAUCUUAAGUAGAGAGAUUUUAUAUAUAGAGACGUGCGGUUUCUAGGUUUUGUACUGGAAGAGUGAAAUAUGGUAUCCGGGAAAAUGCUUCGGGUGAAUGAGUUGAAGGGAGCAUAAAAGCUGCUGAUCAGCUUGAUACAGUCAACUUUGUGGCGAAGCAGAACAGCACAGAGUUCCAAUAUUCGUAGAUAGUUAUGGAAAUGUUUCAGCCAAACAUGUUCGAGACUCACCAUCUUAUGCUAGACAUGAUGAUGACACCCAAGUCUUCCGACAGUGAAUUGGUAAAGAUCAUUAGAGAUCAGGACGAUUUCGAGACUGGAACAGGCACUGAAAUCAUGGAAGCUCCCUCCGGAGAAGACCAAGAUCCCAACCAAAGCUCCAAAAGGAAGCCCUAUCACCGCCAUACCCAGCGUCAAAUCCAGGAAAUGGAAACCUUCUUCAAGGAGUGCCCUCAUCCAGACGACAAGCAAAGGAAAGAACUGAGCCGUCAGCUAGGGUUAGAGCCUCUACAAGUCAAAUUUUGGUUCCAAAAUAAGCGGACGCAAAUGAAAGCCCAAAAUGAACGCCAUGAGAAUGCAAUUUUAAAGGCAGAGAACGAAAAACUUCGUGCGGAGAACAAUAGGUUUAAGGAAUCUCUUGGGAAUACGUCAUGCCCCAACUGUGGAGGUCCAGCAGCUCCUGGUGAGAUGUCGUUCGACGAGCAGCAUCUGAGGAUCGAGAAUGCUCGUUUAAGAGAAGAGGUUGAUAGGAUAUCUGGGAUUGUGGCCAAAUAUUUUGGCAAGCCUUUGACUUCAUAUUCUCACCUUUCACCCCCCGUGCCUUCCCGCUCCCUUGAUCUUGGGGUCGGGAACUUUGGAGCGCAGACAGGAUUUGUAGGGGAGAUUUAUGGAGGGAAUGAUCUCCUCAGGUCAGUUUCAGGGCCUCAUGAGGCAGAUAAGCCAAUGAUUGUUGAGCUUGCCGUGGCAGCAAUGGAAGAACUCGUAAGGAUGGCUCACGGUGGAGAGCCAUUGUGGGUUUCGUGUGCCAACUCUACUGAGAUAUUGAAUGAAGAAGAAUAUUUGCGGACUUUCCCAAGGGGAAUAGGCCCCAAACCAUUAGGAUUAAAAUCAGAAGCUUCGAGGGAAUCUGCCGUAGUUGUUAUGAAUCAUAUCAACCUUGUUGAGAUUCUCAUGGAUGUGAAACGAUGGUCAACUGUGUUUUGUGGUAUUGUUUCGAGAGCAAUGACUGUAGAUGUCCUCUCAACUGGAGUGGCAGGGAACUAUAAUGGAGCCUUGCAAGUGAUGACAGCUGAAUUCCAAGUCCCUUCACCGCUUGUUCCAACUCGUGAAAAUUACUUUGUAAGGUACUGUAAACAGCAUGCCGACGGGACUUGGGCAGUUGUUGACGUUUCCUUAGAUAAUUUGCGCCCGAGUUUGAUUUCAAGGAGUAGACGAAGGCCAUCUGGUUGUUUGAUCCAAGAAUUGCCAAAUGGUUACUCAAAAGUUACAUGGAUCGAACAUGUAGAUGUAGAUGACAGAGCUGUUCACAGCAUAUACAGACCAUUGGUCAAUUCAGGUAUUGCUUUCGGAGCAAAACGUUGGGUGGCGACCUUAGAUCGACAAUGUGAACGUCUUGCUAGUUCAAUGGCCAAUAACAUUCCAGCAGGAGAUUUAUGUGUAAUAACAAGCACAGAAGGGAGAAAGAGUAUGCUGAAGCUGGCAGAAAGAAUGGUGAUGAGUUUUUGUACUGGUGUGGGUGCUUCUACUUCGCACGCAUGGACAACAUUAUCAGCAACAGGUCCUGAUGAAGUAAGGGUUAUGACCAGAAAGAGCACGGAUGAUCCCGGCAGGCCUCUUGGUAUUGUGCUGAGCGCUGCAACUUCCUUCUGGAUUCCAGUUCCAACAAAGAGGGUUUUUGACUUCCUUCGGUAUGAGAACUCUCGAACCCAGUGGGAUAUCCUUUCGAACGGUGGCCUAGUUCAAGAAAUGGCACACAUAGCCAAUGGUCGUGAUCAAGGCAACUGUGUCUCUUUACUACGAGUAAAUAGCGCGAAUUCAAGUCAAAGCAAUAUGCUGAUACUACAAGAGAGUUGCACUGAUUCAACUGGAUCAUACGUAAUUUAUGCUCCAGUUGAUAUAGUUGCCAUGAACGUGGUCUUAAGUGGCGGGGAUCCAGAUUACGUCGCACUUCUACCAUCAGGUUUUGCCAUACUGCCCGAUGGGCCUGGUGUAAACGGUGGGGGCAUUCAUGGGGUUGGAUCCGGAGGCUCUCUGUUGACAGUAGCGUUUCAAAUCUUAGUAGAUUCAGUCCCAACGGCAAAACUCUCUCUUGGAUCAGUGGCUACAGUGAACAGUCUAAUAAAGUGCACGGUAGAAAGAAUCAAGGCUGCAGUCAUGUGUGACAAUUCAUGAUUGACAGGAUCACUUAAUAUG